AUGGCCACCUCAGCGAGUUCAAAACUGAACAAAGCUGUUAAACAGCAGUACAUGAGCCUCCCUCAGGGGGAGAAGGUACAAGCCAUGUACAUUUGGAUAGAUGGAUCUGGAGAGGGACUGAGAUGUAAGACCAGAACUCUGGAUUCUGAACCCAAGACAAUAGAAGAUCUCCCUGAGUGGAACUUUGACGGCUCCAGCACCUACCAGUCAGAGGGUUCCAACAGUGACAUGUACCUAAUUCCUGCUGCCAUGUUCAGGGACCCAUUCAGAAAAGACCCUAAUAAGCUGGUGCUCUGUGAAGUGCUCAAGUACAACCGCAAACCAGCGGAGACCAACCUCCGAUACACCUGUAAGAAGAUUAUGAACAUGGUGGAAAACAACCACCCAUGGUUCGGUAUGGAACAAGAGUACACUAUCCUGGGCACAGAUGGACAUCCCUUUGGUUGGCCUUCCAACGGCUUCCCCGGUCCACAAGGGCCUUAUUACUGUGGAGUCGGGGCAGAUAAGGCAUACGGACGAGACAUAGUGGAGGCGCACUAUAGAGCUUGUCUGUAUGCUGGGGUUCAGAUCUAUGGAAGUAAUGCUGAAGUCAUGCCGGCACAGUGGGAGUUCCAGAUUGGGCCUUGCGAAGGUAUCAACAUGGGGGACCACCUGUGGAUUGCUCGCUUCAUCCUUCACAGAGUCUGUGAAGAUUUCGGUGUUGUGGUGUCCUUUGACCCCAAGCCUAUCCCAGGGAACUGGAAUGGAGCUGGCUGCCAUACCAACUUCAGCACAAAGGAGAUGAGAGAGGAUGACGGGCUUAAAGUCAUCGAGGAAUCCAUUGAAAGGUUGGCAAAAAGACACAGGUAUCACAUCCGGGCCUACGAUCCCAAGGGUGGGCUCGACAACGCCAGACGUCUCACUGGUCGUCACGAAACCUCGAGCAUUGAUGAGUUCUCGGCCGGCGUGGCCAACCGUGGGGCCAGCAUCCGCAUUCCUCGCUCCGUGGGGCAAGACAAGAAAGGCUACUUCGAGGACCGUCGCCCAUCCGCUAACUGCGAUCCUUACGCUGUCACAGAGGCGCUGGUGCGCACAUGUUUGCUCAAAGAAGAGGGCGAAGAGCCCGCAAAUUACAGCAAGUGAACGGUUUAAAACAAAAGUAUCAUUAGCAGUACUGUAUUUAGCUCUGUGUCUGUUUCAAGACUCGACAAACCAAUCUUUAUUUUUUUGAAAUUUCUACUUGAAACAUGAAAUAAUGAUUUAGGUAUUCCUGCAUUCUUUGUGCAUUCAACUGCCACAUUUUGUCUUGGUAUCACAGUAGCUGAUCAUUCGUAUUGAUGCACACUAACACAAUGUGUUUAACUUGUACUAAAGGAAAUUUAAGAACAGAAGCAUUUUCCUGGAGCUCUUGUUACAUUUCUCCAAAGGACAAAGGCAUUUGAAUGUUUAAGCAAUCUUGGCCUCUGUCUCAAUAGUGGUUGUGGAUGGGUAAGGUUACUGUGUAAGCCAGUUUACUUUUGUAGGUUUUUUAAAAAGAUGCAUGUCUGUUUUAUCUCUUCUUAAAAUUGUAAUUGUUGCGCUCUUUAAUAAACUGCUAACAUUUUUA